CACUUACGAGGGAUUGAACCCUCAUACUUACAUAGGAUAUUGAGACAUAUAGUUUACGAAAAAACAGGUGAGGUGCCUAACGCAAAAUAUGAUAAAGAUAAAGUGUUUAUGAUUUGUAUGACAGUGCAUUGGAAAGAUGAUCUUGAACCAUUAAAACAAAUCUGUCUUAUCAAUGUUAAAAUAGCGCUAGACUCACACUUGAUCACAAUUGUAUGUGGAUUCCAGACAGAUUUACUAAAAGCAUUCGCUUUAUAUUGA